GCUCUAUACUACCCCAAUUGAGGCUCCAGUUGGGCUUCAAUUGGGAGUGUUGGUAGAACUGCGUCACUCCCCCCAUUUCGAUAAAAAGUUCUUCUCCAAUCUUUAUAUAGCCUUUCUUCCCAAUUUUCAAUGAAUAUCUUCUCAAAGUUAUGAUUAUUGAAGAUAGUUGCAAAGUCUAAUUUGUUUUCGAUGCUAGAAAUCUAUAUCAUAUGUUCACUUCCUUCUAUGAUUAUUUGUUAACUAUUCUUGUUUGCAUACUAAUUGGGCUUAUUCUAUUGUUCAUUUCAAGAGUAUUUGGUGAGUGAUUAUGGCUAAAGACUUGGACAAUUAGCUAGGUUUAUGAGGUACCUCAUCUUUAUUUUUUAUUUGUUAUCAUUAGACUUAGACCAUGUUUAUUAGUUGAAUAUUUUUUUAUGAAUUGUGGACAAUUACUAGUGGUUAUAUUGUAAGCCAAAUGAUGCAUCUGAUUUAUGGUUUAAAUGUUAUUUAGUUUGAAAGUUUUUUUUCUUACGAUUUUAGAACAAUAUGAAUUCAGUGAAAUUUUUAGAAUGUAUGUAUUAAACCCACCCAACUCACCCACAGCCACAGGUACAUGAAUGAGUGAGUGUGAGUCGUUUUAGGAAAACAUCUCACGUAGGAAGUGGUUCCAAACCAAUCCGAAUCCGCAAAAGACCACCCACUGCUCACCCCUACUAUUAAGCAUCUCAUUAAAUUAGCUUUAAAAUCAACUACUACUUUUCAAAAAAGUGAAAAACAUAAGUUGGAGUCUUUUCUUCCAAUCUCCAAAUUUCAUACAAUUUUCCAGUAUUAUUUCAAAAUAAAAUGAAAAAUGGAACUCAUACUAACUCUCAAUAAAUUUAUUACACUUCAUUUAGGGAAAAAGGAAAACAAUCAACUCACAAGCUGUUAGAUAAAUUAAUAAUGAGUUUGUUAUACUAUAAUUUGUGGCAAGUCCAAAUAAAUCUUUCUUGGAAUUUGGUGGAGUUUCUCGUAGACGUUAAAGUUAAUCAGAUCCAUUAUAUUAACACAUUUAGUUGAUCUCAAAAUUGGAUAGACAACCUGCAUCAACAAAUUAGUUCGACCCAUUUGUGCAUUAUUAAGUAAUGUUAUUGCUUGAUAUAUAGUGAAUGGUAAGUUAUGAACGAGUAAUAUAAUAUUACUUUGAAAUUUACCACAAAUAAUCGUAGAUACUCUUGUAGUAAUAAUAAAUACAAAUAAGAUAACAAUAAUCUCAGAGGGUAUAGACUAUAGAGUAUAGACACUACAGUCUACAGCUGUGGGAUAGUCAGAUUCAGAGCCCGCCAUCCAUCCGUGCAUACAAAAUACAACAACAAUAACAAUAACAAUAAUAAUAAUAAUAAUAAUAAUAACAAAAAAGUAACUUAAUACAGAGAUCUCAUCCCGACCCACCUCCAACCAAAUUAACCAAAACCAACAAAACCACAAAUGAAAGGAAAAGUAAAUAAAAGAAGAAAAAAAAAAAAAAAAAGGUAGUAAUCAAUAAAAACCAAGCAGCGCACCACUCUUAUCCCCUUCCUUCCUUCUCCUCCGUUCUUCCCUCUUCCAUCCCUCCACCGCCAAGCUUUCAGCCUCCAAUCUGUUGCAGCGCAAUAAGAGCUCGGAAGCAGGGUAAAAAAGAGCCCAAAACCAUGAUCAAGAUAUCCGCCAAACCCAUAUCAAGCCCGGGUCGGGCGGAGAAGUACUACCCGCCGCCAUUGAUGAGGUUCCUGAGAAGCAAUGUGGGGAACAAGAGCCGCGGCAGGUCUCGCUCCAGCCCCUUGUUCGUGAGGAAGAGGAACGCAGCCACCGCUAUUGAAGCUCCCGAGCCCUCUUCCCCCAAAGUCACCUGCAUGGGUCAGGUUCGGGUCAGGCGGCAGACCAAGAAGAAACGCCUCCGGGGCUCCGAUUGCAAGCGCCGCAACUGGAUCCCGGACGCCCUCUUCUUCUCCUGCUGCCACGGCGGUAGUUGUAGUAGCCUACGAGGGAAAACGAAGAAGAAGAAGAAGCCCCGUGGCCGCGGGUGCUUCCGCCUCCCGGCCUGGCCCAAGUGGACCCGGUUCUUCCGGGUCGGGUCAAACCGGAAGUCCGAAAUCCGCGAGGACCCGGAUUUGGGAAGCUCCUUGGAGGAAGAGGAGGAGGAGGGAGAGGCGAGGUCAGUGGGCGCCGCCAAGGUGUUCGCCUGUUCAUCGCCGGUGAAUUCGCCGCCGAGGAACGCGCUGAUACUGAUUCGGAGCAGAUCUGCGCCGUACAGGUCGUCGUCUCUGGCGAGCCGGUUUUGGGGGUCGCCGGUCGGGAGCGAGGAAGAAACGGAGGAGCGGAAACAGAGCACGGAGCAAGACUCGAGCCUGACAUCGAAGAGGGAAUCUUCUUCUUUCGAGGAGGAAUCCGACAAGGAAUCGAGGCUGGAUCCGGAAAACGAAGAGACCACGUUGGGGGUUUUCAAGGAUUUCGAAGGCUCUGUGGAGUCGGUGGUCAAAGAAAGAUUAACGGAGCAAACAGCCGCAACGAAGCUUGAAGAGGAAGAAGAGAAAGUGGGGGAAUACGCCGAGAUGAUAACGUCGCCGCGGGGGCCGGUUGUGCUGACGAGGUGUAAAUCCGAGCCGGCGAGAAUCACCGGCGAGAAGCUGGAUCCGGAGGAUGCGGCUUAUGCCAUUGCUGUGCUCAAUCGCCAUGGACUUCGGUGUGAUCGGAUGAGUUGAUCUUGAUCUUGUUGCUACUCUGUUUGGUUCAGAAGCGAGAGAGAUUUUGGAUAUUUUAGUUCAUGGAUCAAGUGUUCGGUCCCUUCGGAUGGUUGAUUUCACUAAGUGUUUUGCUCUUAUUUAAUGUAUCUCUCAAGCACGGUUUGUGUCAACCGUUUGCUCUGAAGUGCCUUUGUUUGGUUGUGAUUCCAUUGUUGUUCAUUUUCCCUCUCUGUAAUCGAUCAUUCAUAGUGCAAUGCAAGAUUUUCCAUUGUAAAAAAAAAAACCCUGGAAGAUCUCCAAAGGUUCAACGACGAUUGAGAGAGAUUUAUUUCCAGAGGAUGAAAUGGCUUACAGGAUUUUUGUUCGUUUCAAGAGAAUCUGUUGAUGUGUAACUGUUCUGAAGUUCUUAGUAUCCUUCGAACUCUGCUAUUACUCCCGGUUUGGAUGGGAUAGUUGCAUCUCCUAUCGUCUGGGUGGGAGACUGGGAGGACAUAUGAAGACAACUUCACCUCCUUUGCUAUUGUUAUUAUUUCCUAUGAAACUAGUUGAGGGAAGCAUUGGAGGAAAUGAUCAUCAUAAGUCCUUCGUUGAAGAUGAAGGACUUAAAUGGUUCGAAGGAUUCACACUAGAGAGGACCACAUCAACAUAUUCUCUCAAAGGUUAGAUCUCUAAAGCUUUCACACUGCCUGUUUCCCGAUGAUACAUUGAUUUUUGAGGAAACCUAUGCGUGGGAGGCAACAAAGAUUAUGAAUAUCAUCAACGACUACAGUCACAUAACGGAACAAGAGGUGAACAUGGAGAAGUCCUCUGUUUUGUUUCGUAAAAAAGCAUCCUAGAUAUCAUCAGAAGCCAAAUUAUACUUGGAUUCCCACUUGCGAUUAAUCUUGAAAUAUACUUGGGGUGUUCCAACUAGGGAUGGCAAUGGGGCGGGUUUGGGGCGGGUUUGCUUAAACCAUCCCCAUACCCAUCUUCAAAUACCCAAACCCAUACCCGCCCCAUACCCAUGCGGGGGAAUGUUUUGCAAACCCAUCCCCAUACCCGUGGGUUUCGGGUACCCAUGGGUAAUACCCAUACCCGUACAUCCAACAUUAUUAUACCUUAAACUUACAAGAAAAGUUCUAAUUAUAAUUCUAAACGAACAUAUUAUAUCAUGAAGUCAAUAAAACACGGUCAUUUUUUUUAAUAUGGUUCAAAGAUUAUGAUCCUAAAAUAUCCAUUAAUACAUAAUAUAGAGUAUAAUAUUUUUCAAAUUUUUAUGUUCUAACUCUGAUACAUCUACUAAGUAAUAAUUAACUAACAUAAUUUUGUUGACAAGGGGGAAAGUGAAAGAGUGAAAUGAGGAUUGAGAGAAAUGAAUUAGAUUUUGAUUA